UUACAGCCAGAUGUUUGGUUGCUGCUGUAACGGUAAUAACAUGCUUCAUUUGAUUUGCUUAAACGAAACAUAACUUGAAUUCGAACGGCUAGACAAAAGAUACAGAUUCCAUCCACUGAAAACUAGACUGGCACCCGGAGCGGCCGUAUCUGAUAAGGGAGGUAUCGUUUUUCUGAAGACCUCUAUCUGACAACAACUUGUUUCGAUCACGAGAAAACCAAAACAAACAGCAAGUAACGGGAUCUAUUAUCCUCUCUAAACAAAUCACGUUACAAUCAGCCUAACAAACCACACUACCCAAGAUCCAUGUGCGACUUUACUAUGUUUUCUCCAAACUGCAAAGGAAAACAAACUCCUGCCGUGUGGGCUUAGCGAAUUGGGCCCAUUCAAGACCAUCUCGCUGUAUCUUCAAGCCGUUGCCCGGCAACCUGUCCAUCCCCAACUCUCUCGAUCCGCUCGCAGCUCGCGUUCGCGGAGACGCGGCUGCCGGCGGAAGGCAGCGUCGCGGAGAAUUCAAGAGCAGCAGAGGCAUGCCUCUCCACACCACCUGAUCCGUCUGCCGCUGGAUUCCAGAGGCCAAUGCUUGGUGCCACGGCGGCACCGGAUGUUGAAACCGUGGGAAGCAAGCAGUUCGCAAUCCUUGCACGCGGCAGGAGGAGCCUCCAUAGCAUUGCCACGCCCCCGGCUGCCAUCCACGCCCUCAUCGCCGCCGCGACCACCGUCCGGCACCUCCGGCAGAUCCACGGCCACCUCCUCACCUCCGGCCGCGUCGGCUCCCUCGGUCCCGCCCUCCUCCGCCGCGUCAUCUCGCUGCCCUCCUCCCCGCCGCACCUCCACCUCCCGUUCGCUCACCGGCUCCUCCUCUCCCUACCCUCCCCGCCGCUGGAUCUCUUCAACCUCCUCCUGCCCCCGCUCGCCUCCUCGCCUGACCCGUCCGCCGCGGCCUCCCUCUUCGCCCGCCUCCGCCGCGGCGGCCUGCGCCCCGACGCGCACACGCUCCCGCACGUCCUCAAGGCCCUCGCGCGCCUCGCGCCGGACUCCCUCCCGCUCGUCGCAUGCACCCACGGGGAGACCGUCAAGAGCGGCCUCGCGCGCGCCGUGGUGUACGUACCGAACGCCCUCAUGUCCGCGUACUCGGCCUGCGGCCACCUCGGGCGCGCCAUGCAGGUGUUCGACGAAAUGCCUCGCCGGACCGUGGUGUCGUGGAACACCGCGCUCACUGCCUGCGCGGACAACGAUCGCCACGACUGGUGCGCCGGGAUGUUUGCGGAGAUGGUAGAGGCUGGCUUCGAGCCUGACCAGACAACGUUUGUGGUCAUGCUUUCCGCUGCGGCCGAGCUAGGGAACUUGGCGCUCGGCAAGUGGGCACAUGGGCAGGUCGUUGCCCGGCGGCUGGAAAUGACGCUUCAGCUUGGCACAGCAGCGGUGAAUAUGUACGCUAAGUGCGGUGCAGUAAGUUACGCGUCACGAUUGUUUGGGAGGAUGACGGUGCGAAAUGUCUGGACAUGGAGUGCAAUGAUCGUGGGAUUUUCGCAGAAUGGAAUGGCACGGGAAGCGCUGGAGCUGUUUGAUAAGAUGAAGGAUGCAUCUAUCACACCCAACUAUGUCACAUUUCUUGGGCUGCUCUGUGCAUGCAGCCAUGCUGGGUUGGUUGACGAGGGCCACCAAUUCUUCCAUGAAAUGCAGCAUGUCUAUGGCAUCAAACCGAUGAUCACGCACUACAGUGCCAUGGUGGAUGUCCUGGGACGCAAUGGCCACCUCCAGGAAGCUUAUGAUUUUGUUAUGGACGUGCCGGUCAAGCCCGAUCCGGUUGUCUGGAGGACAUUGCUGAGUGCCUGCCAGCUGCACAGCUCCAAGGACUGCAUAGACAUUGUUGACAAGGUGCAGAAGAGGUUGCUGGAGCUGGAGCCCCGGCGAAGCGGGAAUUACGUGAUGGUUGCGAACAUAUACUCUGACAUUGGGUCGUGGGAUAAGGCGGCCAUGGCGAGGAGGGUGAUGAGGGAAGGGGGGAUGAAGAAGAUGGCGGGGGAGAGCUGUGUUGAGAUCGGAGGGCAGAUUCAACGGUUCAUCUCCGGGGAUGAUUCUUGCCCUGGAUUUGAUGGUGCUUGCAGGAUUCUUCAUGAUCUGAACAUCAACAUGAGAAAAUGGGAACCUGUGGACAACAUUUUGCUUGCUGAUGCUGACAUUUGAGGACUGCAUACGCCGAGCAAACUGUUCAGUUUGUGUUAUGCAGUAUGGCCGUCAGGCUUGUGUACAACAUUGUUGCAAUGAGAAAUGAGAUGUAACAUGUGAAAUGUCGUGAGCCUUACAAAUAUCGGUACACUGCACCUCCCAGAGCUCAUCCUGAUGAAACUACCAUUGGUACAAGUGGUGGCUGGAACAUUACUGGAACUGGAUUGGACUUGUGUGAUCCAAGGAUUCUUGCAGUGGCACAAAACCAUAUCAUGGAAGCUAAAUAUGACAAAUGCCAGUUUUGCUGCUCUGCUGCUCUUGUUAUGAGUAACCACAGAACAUAUAUAAUAUUUUUGCUACUUAAAUCAAUAGGGCUUUCUUUAUAUAUAACAUCCUAUGUGCCUUUUUAUGCUCAGUUAAUGGCUCUCAUAUUCUUGAGGCACGCACUGACUCUUAACUGAUGAGGAUGAUGAUGACACUUCUGCGAUGUUUUCACCUUUUCUAUUGCGUGCUGCUGGUUUCCUGCUACCAUUCUACAUUAAGGCUUGGGCAAUCAGUAUCCUGCGGCACCGCAGACAGAGACAGGAGGCUGCUGCUCUAGCUGCUGCGGAGGUGGCAUUCAUCCUGCUGUCGGGGC